AUGCCGCUCAAUUUCCAGGUCUUUUUCAGCAGACGCGACAGCGCAACCCGAACUGGUCCCGCGGGACAUGAUCAUCUCAAAUGGGUUCCCACAAGCUCUACUCUCAUUUAUGGAGAGAAGAAGGCGGUUCUAGUUGAUUCUCAGUUGACUCUCGAAGCGUCCCAGGAGUUGGCGGACUGGGUCGUGGCUAGCGGGAAAGACUUGGUCGCCAUCUUUGUCACCCAUUCACACGGUGACCACUUCUUUGGAAGCUCCACUAUCCUCAAACGGUUCCCCGAAGCCAAAGUGAUCGCUACACCGGAAGUGGUUUCUCGAAUGACAUACGAAACAUCCCCGGAAAGGAUGGCAAGCUUGUGGGACAAGCUGUUUCCUGGGCUACUCCCGAAGAAAUUUGUUGGAGCCGAGCCUCUAAGUGGUGAUGAGUUUGAGCUAGAAGGGGAGAAAUUGCAGAUUGUGAAACUGGGACACACGGAUACGGAUGAAAGCAAUGCAUUGUGGGUUCCAUCAAUUGGACUAGUGGUGGCAGGGGACUGUGUAUACGCCAACACCCAUCCGUAUCUGGGUGAGUCGGGAACAGAAGAGGCUCGUAUUGAGUGGAUAAGAGCGUUGAAUAAGCUGGCAGCUUUGAAGCCUAAAGCAGUGAUCGGAGGUCACAGCGACCCCAGCAAGCCGUUUGAUCCCGAGACCAUACAGGAGACCAAGUUGUACUUGGAAAACUUCAACCGAACUGCAGCAAAAUAUACCAAAGCUGAAGACAUUUACUCGCAAAUGCUGGAGCUGUAUCCGGAACGACUCAAUCCUGGAUCUGCCUGGGCUGGAGCACUUCUCGCCAAACGAGAAUGA